AUGGAGACCAAGCAGGACGCGCUCGUGGACGCGAUCCGCGCGAUCAUUGGACCCACUGACGUCUCGCGCACGCGCAUUCUCGCGCUGUUGAAGCAGGCGGGCAACGACCCGAACAAGGCCGUGGACCUCUUUUUCCAGUUGGAGGCAGUGGAGGGCGCGACGGUGGGGGUCAAUGACGUGGAAGGUGCGGACGAAGACGACGUUAGCGGUGCAAAGAGCGAUCAGGGGAGACCAUCAAGGACCGAGGCGCGGCAAAGAGCGGUGGCAAGUGGGGGUAGUGACGCCCGUGCGGCGGGUACAAAGUGGUCAUCGAAAGCCGAAGAGCUCAACGGUCUAUUGGGCGGAGAAGUCAAGCGAGACGUUAUUCUGUCGCUGCUGGGCCGCACGAAGAACAACCUGCAGCAGGCUGUGGAGAUUUAUUUUGCCGAGAACGAAGCAGAGACUGAGUUUGACGAAGAAAGCGACGACGAGGGUGACGUUAGUCGUGGGGCGGUUGCCACUGCAACUGCUACUGCCAAGACGCCGUUGGUGUCGACGAGUCGUGCAACGGAGACCCGGACGGACUUCUCGUUGGCACCGUCAGCUGCUUUGAGGAUUGUCACGCCAACGGCAAGUACGUCAAAGUCUUGUCAGACGCCGUGCCAAUCGUCAGCAGCAUUGCCACAGACCCCUUCAACGUUGACACCGAUCGAAUCGCGACAGUUGACGCCACUGUCGCCGCCAGCUUCGAAGGACCGACCGGCUAUGGAAGAGGCAAAGCUGCCUGUUGCAAUGUCCGAAGAAGAGUCGAUUUAUGGACCUGGGACAUACGAAGCGAUCAUGUUCAGCAGUGACUUGUGCUGGCAGAUCGGCAGCGUAUUUGGCCGCGCAGUGGUGCAGCAAGUGCAGCCUGGCGGACCUGCAGCACUAGCUGGUAUUCAGAAAUCUGACGUACUACUGGCGUUCCGGGACACAGUGCUGAACGAGGGGAAUUGCGCUGCUGUUGUUCAUCACUUGUCCAACGAGCGCGUGCUUGCUCCUUCUACGCUUCGCUUUCGCCGUGCUUCAGAUACUCAUAUAUCUCAGCAGGCUGUUCCGAAGCCCAACGGUGUACCAUGUUCUAAACCGGGAUUUUCUAGUGAUAACUCACCGCAGCGAGACAGUGAUGGGGAUGUAAUAAUGGCGCAGGUGAAUAAUGAUGUGGCCACAAAUGGUACUGUCGAGCCAAAAUACGGCCUGCAGAUGCUAUGCCGGGCCGUGGAGACCAUACAGGAUGCCGUUGCGGGGCCUUCACCUUUGGAGUACAAGGCUUUGGUGGACCUGUUGUUGAAUUCGGAGUUCAACUUGGACCACGCAGUGAACCUUUAUUUGAUGGAAGACCGCAUCGUCAGCGAUUUCCGUGGAAUUGUUGGCUCGGACUGGGACCCGGAAAAUCCGGCGGCGACGACCAUGGGGGCCAGCGAGUCCUAUGCUGCAUCCAUUCCAGCAGGAUCACUCGGACUCACGGUCGAGAACAUUUUGGAGCGAACAAUUGUUGUGGACAUCAAAUCUGGCGGUGCUGCGGAGCGCGCGAAUGUCAAACGCUCUAGCUGGCUCGUCGGUCUGAAUGGUCAGCGAGUCACGCAUUUGACUCACAAAGAGACGCUUCGUUUGAUUGAGACCGCCACGCGUCCACUGCACUUGCAGCUUGUGAUUGUUCCGCCAGACGACUACAAAGCUCUCCGAAGACAGCUAUCCAUGAACAUUCGUCAACAGAAAACGGAGCGUCCGAUUCCUGAGCAGGACCGAAUGUCGUUUCGUGUAUUCCAGAUCAAGAUUCACCAGGGAGUGUUGACUUUUCCCAAGCUUGUAACGAAAGCUUUGUUCCAGUACCUUAGCGCGGAGGAAUAUCAUCCCCCGACAAUGGAUCCACAGUACCCGAAUCCGCUUGAUCGAUUGCUUCUGCCGGCAAAUGAGACUUGGGACGUUGCACUUGUGGAAGACAUUGACACGAUGGCAGAGGAGCGUUCCGGCGAGAUGUGUGCCGAACGCCGGUUUCUGCUGAACCUAUUUGCGUCUAUCCAUGAUUAUGAGGAUAAGGGUGAAAGCACCGUUAUCCGGACCAUCCAGUUCCUUGGCUGGCUGGCGGUACGCACGGCACGAAUGCAGCAGUUUGCGGAUGCGAAGGAACCGCAGUCAGCUGAUGAUGGCGGAGUUUGCAAACGUCAUCGUCACGAGCUGCUACUUGCAGUGGUGCUGCACGUACUCGAGAGCUUAUCAAUUAUUGAGAAUCACGCUACAUGGGACGUCAUGGUGAAUGCAUUGAAGACGUUGAUCUUGUCGUUGACGGACGCCGACGUCGACAAGGUGCUGGUACCGAUGUUCGCUCGACUCAGCAUCAGUUCGAGCCCAACAGCACGCAUCGUACCUGUGGCCCUCCUCUCUAUGGUCUAUCCGCAUGUACGGGGAGACGUACGCGUUCAGCUUCGCGGCAUGCUUGAUCGGAUGUGCAAUGACGACAAUCCGUUAGUUCGUCGCGCUGUAACGUCAGUAAUUGGUGACCUGGCGACUGCGGGUGGUUCUUCUGUGGCUAGCUGGACGGUCCAAUUACUGGAAAAGUCUACGGCAGAUAGCCAUGACAUUGUUCGUAUAUUUGCCGUGAAAAGCUGCAUCACGCUGGCUGUCAUCUUGCGCCGUUUGCUGCACGAAGACAAGAGUGAGCCACACGAAGACGGCGAACAGACACUACGCCUUUUGUAUUGUGAAAUGGUGCCGAUGGUGAACACAUAUACAUCAGACUCGUCUUGGCAGGUACGGCUGGAGACAGCGCGGACAUUGCCUGCGUUCUGCAGAGCGUUUGGCUUGGAGUAUUCUGACGUUUUUGUCGACCAUUUCGUGUCGAUUGUAAGCGAUCCUACUGUCGAAGUUCGCCUUGCCUGCGCUGAAGGUGUUUUCUUCCUUGGGGAGGCGCUGCGCGACACUGCGUUGGAGCAAACACGUGCAUCACAGGCAAAAGACAUGGAUGAACAGAGCAAGUCAGAUGACACGACUUCGGACGUGGACCCUACAUUCCUGGCUGCUGCUCAAGUCAAGUUUGUGCGCAGUGUUUUGCCUGCUACGUACACUCUUGCGACCGACGUGUCCGUGGCUGUACGCCUGGCACUGGCUCAGUCUAUAGGCCGUUCGUUGCAGUACAUUGAUAGCAGUCACUAUGACGAGCUGUUCCCGUUCUUCACUCAGUUCUUGGAUGAAAGCCAAGAUGCUAUGGUGCGUGCAUCGCUGCUGGAGGAGAUGGCGCGCUACUGCGACUGCUCGUCAGAAAGCGUCAUGGCUAUGAUUCUUCCGGCUAUACAGGCCCUGCGUACCUCAGUACAAUGGCGAGUGCGUCUCAAGUUUGUCCAUUGUGUGGCCGCGUGGGCCGAGCGUUAUGAUGGCGCAGCGCUACCUGGUGUCUUUGCUGACGCAUGCUUGGAGUUACUGGGCGAUGCGGUGUAUGAAGUGCGCGCAGUGGUGUGCGAGAAACUUCCUUCGUUGGGGAAGUCAUUGGGUAGUGAGUGGGUGGCGGAACGGUGCGUACCGCGCGUGUCAGCGUGCCUCCGGUCGACGUUCCAUGGACGGCUCACCGGUUUGAUGGCGGUCGAGCUUCUUGCAAGAGAGCUACAGCAGAUGGAUAAAUUAAGCACCGUGAUCGCGAAUGUGGUGGAGCAGUGCACGUCCAAGACAGCGAACGUCCGGUUCCGCGCACUGCGAACUCUUGGACUCAUUGUGCCAAGACUGAACGACCCAAGCACAACAGAAGGUGCUCUAGAGAUUGUGCGUCCUCUGGCUAUUGCUGAAACAGAGCCUGAUCCGGACGUACGCGAGGCUGCUGAAGCAACACAGUCGCUACUGGAGGCCGUGCUAAACUAA